AUGUCCGACCCCAUCGCCGACGCUGCGCAAAAGCACCCUGCGCCAGAUGGCCUCAAAUACACGUACGGAACUGCUGGUUUCCGAACAAAAGCCAGUGAUGUCCUCGAUUCUGUCCUCACUCGCGUUGGUCUCAUUGCGGCGCUGCGGUCGCGGGCGCUCAAAGGCAAAUGGAUUGGUGUCAUGAUCACCGCUUCGCAUAAUCCUCCUCAGGACAAUGGUGUGAAGCUCGUCGAACCAAUGGGCAACAUGCUGCAAGAGGACUGGGAGGUCAUCAGCACCGAGAUGGCGAACAAGGCCACCCCCGAAGACGUCUCGAAAUACUACCGCGAAAUCGCCGCCCAGAAUAAGAUCGACCUCAGCACGCCCGCACGCGUUGUCGUAGCCCGUGACACAAGAGCUUCAGGUUCAAGGCUUCUCGGAUGCCUCGUCGAUGGUUUGAACGGCGCCGGUACUGAAGUCAAGGACUACGGCUUCCUCACCACGCCACAACUACACUACAUGGUCAGGUGCUUGAACACCGAAGGUACUAAGGAGGCCUACGGUACACCUACUGAGAAGGGCUACUACGAGAAGUUCGGCGCGGCUUUCAAGACCGCGCUGCGUGGAAAGAAGCCUUCUGGCAGUCUUACGGUCGACGGUGCCAAUGGUGUUGGUGGACCGAAGCUGAACGAGCUCAUCAAGUAUCUCCCCACCAAGGAAGAAGGCGGUCUUGAGAUCUCCGUCAUCAACGACAACGUCAUCAAGCCCGAGAGCUUGAACGUCGACUGCGGUGCAGACUAUGUCAAGACCAACCAGCGCGCGCCCCCUUCUUCCAAGGCUGGACCCGGUGAUCGAUGCUGCUCGCUCGACGGUGACGCUGACCGUGUAGUAUACUACUUCAAAGAUGAGAAGAACGUGUUCCGAUUACUCGAUGGCGACCGUAUCGCGACUCUCGUAGCUUCCUUCCUCGGCGACACUGUUAGGCAAAGUGGGCUGGCAGACAAGCUCAAGAUUGGGGUUGUGCAAACCGCCUACGCCAACGGCGCCGCCACGAAGUACGUCGAAGACAACCUCAAGCUCAAGGUCGACUGCACACCCACCGGCGUGAAGUAUCUGCACCACGCAGCCGAAAAGCUCGACAUUGGUGUCUACUUCGAAGCCAACGGCCACGGCACCGUCAUCUUCUCGCACGACACCCUCGACACCAUCGAAAAGCACGAGCCCCGCAACCCCGGCGAGAAGGAAGCCCUUGACGUCCUACGCGCCUGCAUCAACCUCAUCAACCAGUCCGUCGGCGACGCCCUCUCCGACUUCCUCCUCGUCGAAGUCGUCCUCGCGCACAAGCACUGGGGCUGCCAGGAAUGGCUCUCAACAUACAGUGACCUGCCCAACCGUCUUCUCAAAGUGCUUGUCAACGACCGCACCAUCUUCAAGACCACAGAUGCCGAGCGCAAACUCACCAGCCCAGAGGGUCUCCAGUCGCAGAUUGACAAGGAAGUGCAGAAAGUCCGCCAGGGUCGCUCGUUUGCGAGGGCCUCUGGUACGGAAGACGCUGUCCGCGUGUAUGCUGAGGCUGAGACGAGGGCUGAGGCUGAUGACCUUGCGAGGAAGGUUAGUGAGCUUGUUAAAGCUGCGGGGAGCAACUAG